GUAUUCGUCAAGCGUGGAAACACGAGCCUGGAGGCAGAGGCGCGCACCCAGGCGCACCUCUAUGCACAGGCUCAGUCCUCUGCAUUCGACCUGCACGUGCCCAAAGUGUACGACGUCUUCAACGACGGGAACUGCAACACUCAUCUGGUCAUGGAGUACAUCCCUGCACCAUCGUUCCAUGCUUGGAUCUCCGAGCCUGACCUCUCCACCGAGGAGCGAAGUCGACGCACUGAUGUCGCCAUCAACGCAAUCGCCAAUACUGUCGAGGUGCUGCUACAGUGUCCUCUUCCUGAGGGGAAUGGGAUCGGCCCCGUAGGUGGUGGAUAUAUCCAACAUAGCUUCUUCUGCAUGGAUGAGGCCCCUAUCCCGUUCGUCAACGCCACCGCGUUGGAAAGAUACGUAAAUAAGGUGCAUUGA